UGAAUUCUAUCAUAGCAUAUCGGCUCGUUCUGCUUCUUUCCAGUUUAUUUCAAAUUUACUAAAUCACAUGACAACCGACAGAUAAUUGAGUUCUUACCUGCUGUCAGAUAUCUGAGGAGAUAGUGAAAAGUAAAUAGAUAAAAUUAUUGGUUCCGUAUUAUCGCUGAAACGCGAUAAUAUUCUCACACUAAGUUCUAUAAAACUUUCAAAAUUAGUAAAUACGAGAAAAUGGAAGACGCUCCUCUAUAUAAUGAGAAACAAUCAAUACGAGAGAAGGCGAAAUCAUUGAAAAAGUAUGGCAGUACGUGUAAUCAUUUUAAACGACCUGAAUUGCUGUUAAAGUAUUUUAUCACCAAAACUGAUACGUUACAAGGGAUUGCUUUGAAAUAUGGAGUCACUACGGAACAAAUUAGGAGAGCAAACAGGCUGUUUGCAUCAGAUAGCUUAUUUCUUCGAGAAUAUCUUUUAAUUCCAAUUACAAAAGAAUCGCCCUACUAUGACCCGAAUAAUGAGAAUAUAAUUGAAAACCGAAUUACACAUAGAGCAUCAGUAGCCACAAUGCAAAGCAUACCAGAUAGUAAUGUUGUAACACCAACAACACCAGAAGAUCAGACUUGUAUAGAUAAUUUCUUAGAUAAAGUUGAUACUGCUAUAGCGAUGACAAAGAAAUAUGUUAAACAACAUCAGGAUUCUAUAGAUGUAACUGAUUUUCCAUCAAAUGGAGGUGCUAGUUUUCUAAGGAAUAGUCAUUCUAAUUACGGAUUAAGACAUCAGGGUACUUCCUCAUCAUCAGGGAGCACCCAUGAAUUAGCCUCAGGUUUACCACACACCCAAAUUGUAAUGACGCAAGGUAGGAAAGUUAGAACAUCUCUUCAAAGACUUCAGCAACAACAAGAUGAAAUGUUUGAGUUGUAGCAGUUAAUGUGAUAUUAAAAAUUAUGGUAGUGGUUUUUGAGAUAGUUUAAACCAAAUACAUGAAAUAUUAAAUAUUGAUUCUGUAUAAAGUAAUAUACAUAUGAUUAUUGGUAUGUUAAACAUUUAAAUAUAUUUAUAUACACAAAAACUC